UUUUUAGUCAUUUUUGCCUUUUCUUAAACAUUAUUUUCAUUCCAUAAAAAACAAAACACAAGUGAAGUGAAGUGAAAAGAGAAGAAAAAAAAAGUUGAAAUAAUCAAAUAAAGGGAAUAUUCUAUUUAUUUAACAAGCAUCACCAGCAAGAAACACAUUUUGGAUAUUGUAUAAAUAAAGUGCAAUUGAUGGGUCUUUCUUUCAAAAUUAAAAAUAAUUUUUCUGCAGCUAAAUCUAAGCAAAGGAACCAGACCACAACAAUAGGCAAAAAAUCUCAGACAACAACAGAGGUGAAAUCGAAGAAGAAAUCUAGGAGGAGAAAAAUGUGGUUUGUUUAUGUAUGUGAAGAAGAAGAGAAGGAAUUGGGAAGACAACAAGCAUCAGGUUCUUGUCCUUAUUGUAGUGGAAAAGUUGAAGCUAUGGAUGUUGAGAUGCAAUGGAGGUUUUGCUUUUUGCCUAUGUGCUUUAACAUUAAGAGAAAAUAUUGUUGUACUUCAUGUGCUAGACGUUUAGAAUUGAAGUACUAAUUACUAGGUUGUUUUUUUUUGUUUUUUGUUUUUUCUUCAUCUUCAUCUUCUUUUUUUUCUUUCUGUAUCUUUGUUUUUCUUCAAUAUUUUUUUUGGUUUGAUAGACUUGUGUAAAUGGAAUGGAAAUUAAAAGUGGAAUUCGUAAAGUCAGAUUUUAUUUUUCUUUC